CUCCUUUUCUUGCGCCCAACAUGGCGGAACCGAGCGGUCUGAGCGAUGAGGCUGCCUAUAGCGCCUGCUCGGAGCCGGAUCCCAGCACGAAGGAUUUUAUAUUUCAGCAGACAAUGUUAAGAGUAAAGGAUCCUAAGAAGUCACUGGAUUUUUAUACAAGAGUUCUUGGAAUGACACUGCUUCAAAAAUUUGACUUUCCUCCUAUGAAGUUCUCACUGUAUUUCCUGGGUUAUGAAGAUAAAAACGAUAUCCCAAAAGAUAAAGCUGAGAGAACAUCUUGGACCUUCUCCAGAAAAGCUACACUUGAACUGACACACAACUGGGGCACUGAAAAUGAUGAAAAGCAGUCCUAUCAUAAUGGCAAUUCAGAUCCCCGAGGAUUUGGGCACAUUGGAAUUGCUGUCCCUGAUGUUAAUAAAGCUUGUAAGAGGUUCGAAGAACUAGGAGUGAAAUUUGUGAAGAAACCUGAUGAUGGUAAAAUGAAAGGACUUGCAUUUGUUCAGGAUCCUGAUGGCUACUGGAUUGAAAUUUUGAAUCCUAAACAUAUGGUGACUCUCACUUAGAUCUAAGGAAAUAUACCGUAUAAGAAAUACAAACGUGCGGUUCCCUGGAGAAAAUCUUUAACAGUAUUUGUAAAAUUCUUGCUUAAUGGAGAGGAAUCAAUCACGUUCACAUUUUCCUCUAAAAUUAUCCUGAGGCCUCCCUUCUGUUCUCCUGUGAUGCCACUGCAGUUUGCUUCCAGUUAGGAAUCCUCACCCAUCUUCUUAAGAGCAAAUAUGUACUCUGCUCUUGAACAGAUUCUAGCAAUAUUUCACUAAACUAUGUGAAUUAUAAAAUAUCACUAAGAUAUGUGACCUGAAGUUUACUUCAUUUCACACUACCUAAUUUAAACUAACAAGAAAAAGAAAAAAAAUCCGGCAUUACUGCUGAUGAGCUUCAGCAAGGAGCAUAUAUAUGAAUUUUUUUUUUUUAAUGAAAUCAAAGGAUAUCCUGAAGGCUUUGUGCACUUCCCUGUAUACUAGAAAAUAAAAUAUCAGAUUUCUUACUGGAGUAGCAGCAUGUUUGUGAAAGUCUUACUUACAUUAUGCCAAGCAAAACCCUUUAUUGACCAGACUUAAACAGCUUUGCCUGGAACAAGAAGCUUUGUAGAAGCAGUUAAUUAGUUUAGCAGGAAGAAUUCAGUAUUUAAAUUUUUGGCUGCUGAUUGCCAGACAACAUAAGAGGUCUCAUAGAUCCUAACUGACAGUGGCCUUUGUCUCUUCCAACACUAGAAGGAACUUGUUCAUAAUUUAUGUUUUGAUGCAAGUCUGGGGCUAUGUUCCACUUACAGGCUCUGUACAAUUCUGUUUUAGGAAUGUAAUGAAAAAGAGUGUCUAAAAUAGCUUCCUACUAGUAGGCAUUUUGAUCUGCCCCUUCAAAGCCAGUUAUGGUUACUGAAAUUAUGCUUGUAUAUUGGUAUGAAGAGUAGAAAGCUUGUCAAAUUUUUGGUUAACAAAACCAAAGCAGAUUUCUCUCUGCACUGUUUUAUUGUGAUUCUUUCUAGUAGCGUGUAACUCCUGUUGAGUCUUCACUUAUGUGACUAUUGGAUAGUGAAAUGGCAUUGCAAUUCACUUUGAAAUAAAGCACUGAUGAAAAGUCA